AUGGUGAAACCUCAACCGGAAAUCCUGCAACACAUGGUGAAACCUCAACCGGGAAUCCUCCUCCACCUGGUGAAACUGUUACCGGGAAUUCUCCUCCACCUGGUGAAACUGUUUCCGGGAAUCCUCCUCCACCUGGUGAAACUGUUUCCGGAAAUCCUCCUCCACCUGGUGAAACUGUUUCCGGGAAUCCUUCUCCACCUGGUGAAACUUGAAACUGUAACCGGGAAUCCUCCUCCACCUGGUGAAACUGUAACCGGGAAUCCUCCUCCACCUGGUGAAACUGUUUCCGGGAAUCUUCCUCCACCUGGUGAAACUGUAACCGGGAAUCCUCCUCCACCUGGUGAAACUGUAACCGGGAAUCCUCCUCCACCUGGUGAUACUGUAACCGGGAAUCCUCCUCCACCUGGUGAAACUGUAACCGGGAAUCCUCCUCCACCUGGUGAAACUGUUACCGGGAAUCCUCCUCCACCUGGUGAAACUGUAACCGGGAAUCCUCCUCCACCUGGUGAAACUGUAACCGGGAAUCCUCCUCCACCUGGUGAAACUGUAACCGGGAAUCCUCCUCCACCUGGUGAAACUGUUACCGGGAAUCCUCCUCCACCUGGUGAAACUGUUACCGGGAAUCCUCCUCCACCUGGUGAAACUGUAACCGGGAAUCCUCCUCCCCUUUGUUAA